UAUUCUUGGUUAUGGAUUGGUUCUAGGUUCAUUUUUUUAUGAAAUAUUGAAGUAUAUACUUCAAUUUUGUCUUAAACUCUUCAGAUUUUGAGAAUACUGAUCCUAGAGACAACUAGUUAAAUUUUGAGAAAACUGAUCCAAGGACAACUAGUUACCAGCGAUGAGAGAUUCAAUCUUUGAAGAAUAAUCAACUUUGUUUUAAUUAUAUUUAAAUAAUGGCUUCUGGUGAAUCUGGAAGGUCAAUUAAAAAAGAAGUCGAAGCGGUUGGCGAUCAAAACGAUUUCUACAACUCUGAACAGAAAUAUGAUCCACUUGAAUCUAAUGCCAAUGAAAUUUUUCCCGAGAAAAUGAAAAGUGAGGAAAACAUUGAUAUUGUUUAUCAAGAACUCAAAUCGGAAAAUUUAACUGAAGGCUCACAUUGUGAGGUGUGUGGAGGUUCUCUCAGUAAAUGUUUCAGAAGCUGUAGUUGUCAAACGGAAAAAGAGUCUGAUGCUAUAGGAUUCAAAGAUUUGACUCAGGAUAUGAAACUUUUUAGCUCAACCCCAGAUUCUGGAGACAUCAUCGUUAAAUAUGAAGAAGAAACAACUUUCGAGACGAAAGAGGAAACUUUAUUUGAUGAAGAUUUUGCUGCUGAAAAUGAUAAUAUCGUGAAUCAUGAGACGGAUAAAAUUAAUGAGAAGCUGAAUGAAAGUACUGAUUUGAAAUCUUUAGAGAAGAAGAAUACGGGACAGAUACCAUUUCAGUGCAGAAUCUGCCCGAAAUCUUUCACACUGAAAAAAGCUUGGUAUAUCCACGAAAAGACUCAUAAUAAUGAUACAGAAUUCCAUUGUAAAGUCUGUACAAAAUCUUUCCUAUAUAAAUCAAAUCUGAUAAUUCAUUUGAGAAGUCAUACUGGGGAACAAUCUUUUCAGUGUAAAAUCUGCUCCAAAAUAUUUUCUCGAAACCAUAAUUUGAAAGUUCAUGAAAAGAUUCAUUCCGGGGUGAAACCAUAUCAGUGUCAAAUCUGUUCAAAAUCUUUCUUUAAAAAUAGUAGUUUGAAAUAUCAUGAAAAAACUCAUUCCGGAGAAAAGCCGUUUAAAUGUGGAAGGUGCUCAAAAUCUUUCAUUCAAGAUAGCGAUUUAAAAUACCACGAGAGGAGUCAUACUGGAGAAAAACUGUUCCAGUGUAAAUUUUGCGGAAAGUCACUAAGUCAAAGGUCGAAAUUCGAAAUUCAUUUAAGAAUUCAUACGGGAGAAAAACCAUUCCAGUGCAAAAUCUGCUCUAAACCCUUUAUUUGUAGUAAUUCGAUGAAAUGCCAUGAAAAAACUCAUACUGGACUGAAACCGUUUCAGUGUAAGAUCUGUUCAAAAUCUUUCUUCAAAAAUAAUAAUUUCAAAAGGCACGAAAAGAUUCAUGCUGUAGAAAAACCUUUUCAGUGUAAAUACUGCGCAAAGUCAUUUUUUGUAAGUAGUACUUUGAAAAUACAUGAAGCGACUCAUACAGGACUAAAACCAUUUCAGUGUAAAAUAUGCUCAAAAUCUUUUUUCAUAAAUAGUAAUUUUAAAAGACAUAUAAAGAUUCAUGCUGAAGAAAAACCUAUUGUGAAUAAUCGUUUACAAAUACAAGAAAAGAUUCAUACUGGGUCAAAACCAUUUCAGUGUGAAGUCUGCUCGAAGUCUUUUUUGAAAAAUUGUAAUUUAAAGAGGCAUGAAAAGAUUCACGCUGAAGAAAAACCUCUUAGUGGGACUAGUAGUUUUGAAAAUCAUAAUGAGAUGAAAACAUUUCAGUGUGAAAUCUGUUCAAAAUCUUUCCUUCGGAGUAGUGGUUUGAAAUAUCAUGAAAAGACUCAUACAGGAGAGAAGCCUUUUCAAUGUAAAAUGUGCUCAAAAUCGUUCAUACAAGAAUGUAAUUUGAAAUCCCAUGAAAGAAGUCAUACUGGAGAAAAACUAUUUCAGUGCGAAGUUUGCGGAAAGUCAUUAAGUGAUAGGAGAAAACUCGAAAUUCAUCUUAGGAUUCAUUCUGGGGAAAAACCAUUCCAGUGUAGUAUCUGCUCAAAGCCAUUUAUUAGUAAAAACUCUUUGAAAUACCACGAAAAAACUCAUACUGUACAAAAACAAUUUCGGUGUAAAGUCUGUUCAAAAUCUUUCAUUAAAAAUGCUACUUUGAAAAGGCAUGAAAAGAUUCAUUCUUGAAAUGGUACAUAGUCUAUACAUUCUGCAAGAAAGAUGGAUCAGAAGAAAAUCUGAUCUGAUAUUGCACCUAUUGCACCUAAUACUGUAGAGCUUCAUUUUCAAAAUAAUAUGUUUGCUCUACUCUUCAACUCAUAAAGCACUGAUCCAUGCAAAAGCAACAAAGAUCUGACAUUCAAGUCAUCUUCAAUGUAUAAUGGUAGGGUACUAUUUAAUUCAUUGCUACAAGAUAUUUAGCAUCUGCAUAUAGUGUAUGUCAAGGACUAAAUGAAUGGGAGAUAUAGCUUGGAUGAGUACAUGGUGAAAAAAGAUUUGUUGAAAUGACCCCAUUCUCAUCUCUCCAUUUUUUAAGUAGUUAUUUUAAUAUUCAUCUAUCUGUUUCUAUGUCAAGAAUUGAGUUGAAACUAUAUAAUAGUCUCCUGUUAUCUAUAAAUUAUAUAGUCUAUUCGUGCUUCAGUAUCCUAUACUUUAUUCAUUAUUUAUUCCUCACAGUUUGUUUCUACCUUUAGAUAUUUUAGUGGCUGAUGUAUUUUACUGUUAUCUAUUUUUCACUAAAAACUUUAUUUAUACUCAACUGUACAUACUUGAGAAACUAAUUUUGCAAACGUGGUAUAAUAUGUUCAAGUGAUUGAAAUUUUUGUAAAACUUUUGUGCCUUAUUUGCAAUAAAUUAUUGGUUU